AUGUCGCGGGGCCCGUCGUUAACGAGCUUUUUGGAAUCUCUUCUCCCCAAUCCUACCAUUGCUGUGAUGAUUCUGCGCAACAGCAAAUUGUUCAAAUCGCCUCUUCAGAUCAACCAAAAACCUCAUCCAGUACACACUGACCCAGAAGGUCUCAAUGGCGAUCUGGCCCUUCCACCAUCCGCGCAUCCAGUCCUCUUCGCUCGGCAGCUGAUCCAACUUGCCCUUUGCCUACGGCAUUCUGACUCUGAAGCUUCCAAACAGCUUCAAGUACACUUGAAUGAGUCCGUUACCAGUGCAGCAAGUCGCUACUUUGAUGCUGCAUGUGGUUAUGUCUUGUCUCAUGACGAAUUGAUAUGCUCUCUCGAGGGAUUACAAACUCUGAUGCUGCAAGGGCGUUACUAUAUCACCAUCGGAGAUCAUAGAAAAGCGUGGGUCAUCCAUCGACGGGCCUCCAGCAUCGCAUCCACAAUGGGAAUCCCCCUACUGGCACAGACCAUGGGUGGCCAUGCAGACUCUGUGUGGUUCCAGCUGGUCUAUAGCGAUCGCUUUCUUUCUCUUAUGCUUGGGUUGCCUUUUGCAAUUACAGAGGACUACUUAGAAAGGACAGACUGCAAGAACAACAGCACGCCAGCUCAACGCUUGGAGCAAGUCCAUGUCCUGGCUGCGGGGCGAAUUAUUGCCCGAAACAUGCGCAUGCAAAGGCGUGACAUGCCGUGCGAAAUGCCGUGGACAUCUCAUGAUGAACUCACCGAAACGAGAGACAUUGACCAAGAGUUGAAAAAAGCCACGAGGCUUCUUCCAUCGAACUGGUGGCUGGGUUCAGGUCUAAACCAUGCAACUCAGGAAGGUGAGGUACUUGAAAGUACAGGAAGGCUAUUGGUUCAAAUGCACCAGCACUACCUUCUAGUCCUUUUGCAUCAACCGUAUCUCAUUCAGAGGCUUUGUUCUGGCAUCCAUGUCGAUGGUCUUCAAAUUUCAUCUGAAAGUACUUACAGCACACUCGCUGCUGCCUCUGCGAGUCGUGAAAUGAUCUCGCAUUAUCUUCAAUUUCGCGGGUACCAUCGAUCUCCAUCUUCCCGGGCUACGGACGACAAGUGUUUUUUGGCCUGUAUUACCCUCCUAUUUGCCCACUUGGAUGGCCACCGUCAAAGUAUCAUGAAUGUUUUGGAGCACCAAAGAUGCCAUGACAUAGGCAUCAUUGAACGGGUGAUCUGCUUCAUGAAGGAUCUCUCCGUUCUGAACGAGAAUCCUCUUGCUGCGACACGAUCACAGACCCUCAGCGAGCUUUUGAAGGCUGAGGCCUCUGCAGCGGACGGUCUACCUUACUACUUUUGGAUUGGAGAUGAAAUAAAUGCAAGUGGGGCCAGAGAUGCUGAAAAUACUCUGUAUGACAUUCAAAUAUUGGUGCCUUACUGUGGAAACUUGCAUAUCUCACGACACGCACGCCAUAAUCCUCGUGCCGAAGUUGCCAGGUAUGACUUCUUCGCCUUGUCGAAUAUCGCUCCGGAUCUUAUUAACAGCCCGGUUGGGCUUACUGCUGCGGAAGAAAAUUUCUUGACCAUAGAUGAGCCAUCAUUUGAAGAAACGUACUAG